AUGCGGCAAUCCCUUUUCCAGGGCUUUGCUGCACGUGCUGGUGGUGCGGCGUUACCGCCACCAACACACAGCCCCACGGAAUGCCCCCCUAGGAAGGGCGAUUAUAGCGAAAACGACAAAUGCACGGUCGUCGGAUAUGAUCGGGAGAGAGACCACCUCUAUGGUAUUACAUGGUACAAGGACCACGAGGUAUUCUACAAAUACGUACUCCGAGAUAAAAAUCCCCACGUCUAUGACGUCAAUGGUGUUAAAGUUGACAAAUCUCGCUCAGAUGAUCAGACAGUGACGCUGCAGGACGCAAACCUUCAUGCCAGCGGCAUGUACAAGUGCGAAGUUAACGGGGAGGGGCCGAGCUUUAAUACAGUCAGCGCCGAGGCAAGAAUGGAGGUCAUAGCACUACCUCAAGAAAGGCCAACGAUAACCGGAGAGGAAAAGGUGUACGCCAGCGGAGACGUGCUCGCGCUGAAUUGCACCAGCGGCAAGUCCCAUCCUGCCGCAAAACUCAGAUGGUUCGUUAAUGGCCAGCAGGUGAAGCCUGAUUCGGAAUUGGUGUUCGAGCAGCACGGACUAUACUUGACGAUAUCGAGUCUACUGCUCGAGCUGGAGCCGGGUCAUCUCGCCAGCGACAAGAUAAACGUCAGGUGCGAGGCGACGGUGCGAACGACCCACGAAGUCCACGAUCCGUUUGUCGAUAUUCGCGACACCGAGGUCUUUGUUCAAGGUCUCGCAACCCUGACAACACCAUCGCUAUGUCUUUUGAUAGCUGCAGUAUUACAACGAUUUCUGCUGCCUGUGUAGAAUCUUCCGGCGCGAUGAGGGCAUCAAGCUGGCUAACGCGAGAGAAAACAAUAGGAAAGCGGAUCACGAAGGAAGGCGAAGAACGACCAACGUUUCGUGACGAAAGACAAUCAUAUCUUAAUACGAAGCGAACUGCGACGAGAAAUCGAGGGAUUCACGUUAGACUUGUCGAUCGUUAUCGCAACGGCGAACAGCCACGUGUCUUAUGAUUUUUGCACGUCGUCGCUGCGCCUUCUCGUUAGACCGAAGGAAAAUAAGCAUAUUGAUCCGCUCGUCGUUACUCUCGAGAAUACCCCCAUCUCCCCGAUACGUAUAAAAUUCUAGAUAGUCUAAUUAACUACGAAAGAAAAUAUGCGAUAACCAAAGUG